GAAUCCCAGCAGAUCCUGUAUAGAGGAAGAUGAAGAACGCUCUGCAAUACUGCUGUAACACUUCCAUAGUCCUGAUGUAAGAGCUCCUAAACUCUAAGACAUGAGGACCUCUUUGCCAGCAUUUCACCCUGAAGAGGAGAGUGAAGACAUGAAUUAUCCAAAUCCAUGCAGCGAGAUGCAUGAAGAUACUGAGGAGCAAAGAGAUAAGAUGGAAGUAGAAGAGAGACCUUAUUUGUGUCCAGUGUGUGGAAAGAGUUUUUCACGACUGGCCAACUGCAAGAAACACCAGAAGAUUCACUCUUCUGUGAAGAAGCAUGCUUGUGUUGAGUGCGGAAAGACCUUCAUUACACCUGAGUAUCUGAGAAAGCAUCAGAAAACACACACUACAGAAAGACCGUUCACCUGCUCUCAAUGUGGACUGAGCUUCAAAGUAAAAGGCCACCUUGUGACACAUGAAAGAAUUCACACGGGAGAGAAGCCACACACGUGCCAUCAGUGUGGGAAGAGCUUCAUACAGUCAUCAGGACUCACUUAUCAUCUGCUGCAUCACUCUGGAGAGAAAACAUUUAAGUGUGAUCAGUGUGGGAAGAACUUUACAUCAUCAGCAAAUCUAAAAAAACACCUCACACUUCAUAUGAAUGAGAAGCCCCAUAAAUGCUCUGUGUGUGGAAAGAGUUUUCCUCGGCGUGACUCUUUGAAGCAGCACCAAAAGAUCCAUGAUGCUGUGCGGGAUCACAUGUGUUUUAAGUGUGGCAAGAGCUUUAUAGCAGCUAGUCAUCUGAAGCAGCACCUCAGGAUUCAUAAUGAUGAAAAACCAUUCAGCUGCUCGCAGUGUGGAAGGAGUUUCACGCAAAAAGGCCACUUAAACAAACACAUUCAAACACACGCUGGAGAGGAACCUCAAGCACCAGCUCUCAAUCAUCUGCGCAGUAGAUCAAAUAAAUGAGAUUCUGAUAAUGCAAAUAUUCUGUUAUUGUUCAAAUAGAGUAGUGUUUUUUGAUCUGUUCAAAUAAAGUUACUUUGAAACCUCACAA